AUGACGAAGGGCGACUCAAUCACACUCAGGCAUAUUGUAGAUACAGUGUCUGCUUUAUUUGGUUCACUUCUAUCGUUGGGUUCGGAAGCAGACAUUCUGAACGCCAUAAUUAUUCAUUUAGUAUUGUCUAAAGUGGAUAACGAAACUAAAAUUUUUUAUGAUUCUCAGCAAGAUUUUGAGUCAUUGCCAUGUUGGGAAAGUUGCUACUCACUUUUGAGUCGAAGAUGUCAAUUUCUGGAUAGCAAUUCGAAAAGAUGCAAUAAUGAUAAAGUAAAUGAUACCAAAAAUAAUUCUUUUAACAGAAAAUUGACCACAUUUGUUAACACCAAAAUCAAUUGUAUGAAGUGUAAUGGAGGAGACCACAGCCUAGGAUCAUGUCCAUCGUUUGUAAAACUGACUUUUAACGACAAAUUCAAAUUCGUAAAAGAUCUUUUUGUUUGCUUAAAUUGUCUACGCAAAGGGCACGUCGUUAAAAAUUGUCAAUCCACAGCUCACUGUCGAAUAUGCAAUGGUAUGCAUCAUACGUGUUUGCAUAAAUUCAAACCCAUCGAGCAAAAUGUGAGACCAAAUUUGUCAGACAGUCCACCUGGACAACUAAAUUUUCCGCAAUCUCCAUCAAUUUCUCUAGUAUCGCGUACUAAACAACGAUCAUUGAUUCCCACAGCUGUAGUACUUAUUAAGGAUAAAUACGGUUUAUACCAACCUAUACGAGCAUUACUGGACUCUUGUUCAGAGAUAAGUUUUAUCACUGAAAAGAUGGCAAAGCAACUUCAAUUACCAUUUGAGCGAAUAAACCAGGAAGUAUCAGGCAUUGGUGAUGUUAGAACACAAAUUCGCCAUUCAAUAACUGCAACUAUAAAAUCUCGAAUAUCAAAAUUUGAAUGGUCAUCGCAAUUCGCUGUCACUAAACGUAUCUCAUUGAACCAUCCAGAGCAGUUGAUAGACACAACAUCGUGGAAUUUUCCUGAAGGCCUUGUUUUAGCUGAUCCAUUAUUUUUUAAACCACAACACAUUGACUUAUUAAUAAGUACGCAGGGAUUUUUUGAAUUAAUAUUAGAUGGGAAAAUUUCGUAA